AGUUGAGUGACCACCUGAACGGCCUGCUAGUGAGUAUGUGCGAGGACCUGGCCCACCGCAGGGUCAAUCUGAACAGUAUCCUGGAGUCCUGUGAGUCUCAGCACAAAGCCUCUCUCCUGCCUCCGCCCAACAGAGUAAUACGACAGCUGGUGGAGGAUGUCUUUCACGAAGCUGUGGACCAUGUGUCUGAGCCCUUUGUUCCACUGUGUGGGAGGAGUCAGAUGAUCAGAGAAAGGGUUAACGGUAAGCAUGAUCGGUGUCCUGACUACAGUGAGGGCUGUGCGGCUGGAGCAGGGAGCAGACAGUACUCUAACAACUCUGGCACCAAGUCAGAGAGUUUACUUCACAAACCCUGGAGACAGAAACCCAGAAGUUCUCCCACCCCUGCAUACCCACCUAACAUAGACAGACUGCCACAAGAUCUCAGACACAUGGAAAGUAGCAGUAGCCCCUACAUUGGUGCCCCCUCAAAGGGUGCACCCCAACCCCACAGCCCCUUCAUCAUCUUCAGUGACUCCUCAGCCAGCCUCACCGAGAGGAAAGUCAAGGCUCUGGGUCCUGAGUUUAUCAGGAUGGCUGACGAACCCCAUGUAGGUCUGGAGCUUCCCGGAUCCAUAGUGUCUAAGAAGGGCAGGUCUUGUUCGUCCCAGAGAGAGGUUAGUGUGGUGUUGCCCAGUGGUCAGUCUGUAUUGGUCAGAUGUGACAAAAAGUCCAGAGGGAGAGACGUGUUCGACAUGGUGGUGGCUCACGCUAACCUGGUAGAGCACUUCUACUUCGGACUGGCCUUCAUCGAUGAUGAUGAAUAUUUUUUCCUGGACCACGAGAUUAAAAUCUCAAAAGUUGCUCCUGACAGUUGGAAAAAAGUAGUGUCGACUUCUUUUCUUGUUUUUCUACGGGUCAAGUUUUUCGUUGACGACAUCUCUUUCAUAUUACACAGGCUGACGCGUCACCAAUACUACUUGCAGCUGCGGAAGGAUAUCCUAGAGGACAGGUUGUACUGCAAUGAGGAGACGUGCAUGUUCCUGGCGGCUCUUGCUCUUCAGGCAGAGUUUGGGGAUUACAUGUCUGAGUUGUAUGGUAGGAACUACUACCAGCCGGAGCAGUAUGUGUCUAAGAGAAUGCUGGAGAAGAUGGCUCUUCCCACUCUAAAGGAGGAGUUGUCACGGUUCCACGCUAACAAUGCCGAGAUGCUGCCCGAGGAGGCUGAGACCGAGUUCCUAAAAAUCGCUCAGCAGCUGCCAGAGUAUGGGAUGGUGUUCCAUCGGGUAUGCCGGGAGAAGAAGCCGGUGGUGGGGGAGCUGGUGCUGGGAGUCUGUGCCACUGGAAUCAUUAUCUAUGAGCUGAAGAACCACCUCCGUACCGUCACACAACAAUUCCUCUGGAGGGAGACCAAUACCAUCUCUGCCAAUCGUCGUAAGCUGACAAUAGAGUGUGGUGGUCCCAGCAGUAAGAAGCACAGUUUUGUGACAGAGAGUUCUAAGAUUGCUCAGUACCUCCUUAGUCUCUGCUCCGCGCAGCACAAGUUCCACAGUGAAAUGACCUCCAGGCAACUCAACUACAGCAUCGCUCAAGAUGAGAACAUUGAGAAGUACCAGUCUAUCUGUCGGACACGUGACUCCCAUAUGAAGCGUCUUUCAUGUUCCGAGGUCAUCCUGAACAGUGUAGAGAUACCGGCCAACCUCAGGCAACGCGAGUCGCUAAGUAAGUUGUGUGAUGACAUCACAUCGAAGGUGGAGGCAUGUCUACGGCAACAAAGUGAGAUGAGAGAAAUCAACAGAGCUCUACCCGAACCAUGCCCACUGUCAGAGGUGAAGGAACAGGCCUUGAGUACUCCAGAGCCCAUCCCCAGAAUCAUCUCCAAUGCCUCGCUACAGAAACAGGACUCUGAGGGCUUCUCAGAGGCCCCCUCCACAACCUCCUCCAUACCAGGUGGUUGUCUGAUCUCUCUGAAUAAGAUCAGUCUGCAGGGCGUGACAUUCACCAAUGCAGCAACCAUCCUCCAGAGCAGCCCUGAUGAGGUGGAGCUCAUCGUCUCACAGCCUAAAUAUUCUCUGAGGGACAGUAAGACUUCUCUGGCCCCCAGUACUCAGAGUCUGAUGUUGGAGAGGGGCUUUGGGUCCCAGACCACCCUGAAUGGGACAGAGGCAGCCCUGGCUCUGUCUAACAUGGCCACAUCUAAACAUGGCAAGAGACUCCACAACCCUGUGGUCCGGAUUCUAGACGCUCAGGUGUGUUCUAGCUCUACCUCCAUCUGCAGUCUGAGGGCUGGGAAGCAGCUGGUGGUGGAGCUGAAAAAGGCUAAUGGCAGCCUGGGCAUCAGUGUAGCUGGUGGAGUGAACACCAGUGUUCAUUACGGGGGGAUCUACAUCGAGAGUCUGGUGCCAAGGGGUGCUGCUGAACAGGAUGGACGCAUUCAGAUUGGUGACCGACUGCUGGAAGUUGAUGGGUCCAACUUGCGAGGUGUAACACAAAAACAGGCCGUGGAGUGCCUGAAGAGGACUGGAGAGGUGGUGCGCCUGCUUCUAGAGAAAGAGCUCCAGGUGGCUUCACAGAGCCAAUCAGGAAGCCUCAGGAGAGACAGCUCCAUGGAGAUGACCUUGAGUGGCAAGGACUACAGCUUUGUCACUGAUGACAACACUCUGGAUGUGCGGUUGAAGAAGAGUCUGUGUGGUUUGGGCUUCAGCUUCUACAUCAGUGAGUUGAACAGUGGUUCUGACCAGGGCAGCAGUGUGGUGCACAUCAAAACUCUGUUCCAAGGUCAACCAGCCCAGGAGUCAGGACAGAUCAGAGAGGGAGACAUCAUAUUGACUGUCAAUGGAAGAUGGGUUUCAGGACUCAGCUACCAGAGGGUCUUGUUCCUGCUCAGUGGGACUCUGUCUGAGGUCCACCUGACUCUCUGCAGACCUGUUCCUGGAGUACCGUCUCAACUGGACGCUGACACACUGGUUCCUUUCCCAUAUCCUACCAGUGGGGUGAGGUCCAAGUCUCUAGACAUCAGGCUGGGAGAAGACUACAGCCAGCUGCUCAAGCUACAGUCACACCAGAUUCACCAGAACCAUCAGGACAACAAGGAGAACCAGGCCCAGAAGGGGCCUAUGAAGUCAUCAUAUGCCCAGGAACAAGCCUCCGGUCAAGAGAGUCAGGACAGCGAGAUGAAAGCAGCUGAGAAACAGCCAUCCUCACUCUCUCCCACCCCUCCCUCACCCCCCUCCCCGAUUUCCCUCGCCAGCAGAAGUGACCCAGCAGACCAUGAAGAGUUGUCUGUUGUGGACGAGGAAGUUUCCAAAGAAAUUAGCUUGGCAUCUGGUGGGUCCAAGACCAGCGUUAGUCCCAUGUACACCAGCUUGUCCUCGCAGACCACAAGCUCAACAAACCCCAAUCUGUCCUCGAAAACCACCUCCGUCCAGCAGACACGAUCUCAGCCCUUUUCUAGGCCUCCAUCCAGCCUCUCUUCUAGGAUGUCUGACCUCAACAUCAGCCACUCUGUGCAUCAGCCCCAGCCUGCUACACCCCCUCUUCCCAGCCUCUCCUCCCAUACUGCAAACCCUAACUCCAGGACCUCCGAUCGCAAACACAGCUUUACCUCCAAUCGUAAACAUAGCAUCACCUCUGAUUGCAAACCCAGCAUCACCUUUAAGACUACCAAUGCCUCCAACCUCACUAGUACAGUCAUCCAAUACCAUCCCCAGCCCCCUGACACCUUCCCCCUCUCUCAACCCCCCACACACCACCCCUCUCCCCAGCUUCCCCCAUUCUCACUCUCUCCCCCCAUUCAGCCUGCACCCCUCCCAUGCACAUGUACUAGCUGGAGACAGGAGACAGAAGGGGAGGAGGAUGAAAAUGAUGAUGAGGAUCCCAGAAAGGGUAUGAUGAAGGAGUUUGAGAUGUGUGUUGUUCUGACCAAGUUGUGGCGCGGAGGUUUUGGGUUCACCAUCACACGCAGCAAACUGGAUGCCUGCUACUACAUCCAGGACAUACUGGACAACCCUGCUAAGACUGAUGGACGGCUCAGACCAGGGGACAGACUAGUCACGGUCAACGGCCAGGAUGUGACAAACGUGACAGAUGAGGUUGCCAUGUCGAUCCUGAGGUCAUCUCCUAGGAGGCUGAGUAUGACUCUGGGGAGGGCAGUGACCAACCUGAUAGCUCCACCUUCUCCAGACAACCUGCAAGACAUCAUUCUACACAAGACACCUACUGGACAGCUUGGUAUUAAGCUGACAGGUGGUAUAGGCAGCAAGAGGCAGGGGAUCUACUGUCUGGAGGUGGUUCCUGGUUCACCUGCCAGUGAGGAAGGCAGCGUCCAACCAAACGACAGGAUCCUGUACAUCUGUGGCCGAUGCACCAUGGGAAUGACUUUGGAGGAUGCUGUCAAGGCCUGCGAGAACGCUCCACGCAAAGUGAAACUCAAGGCCACCAGAGAUGAUCAGCCUGUGACGCCUAAAGCCAAGAGGAAUGGUCUCAGUGACCUGAGAGAGUGGAAGAAGGAGAAGGAAUGGAAGUAUUUCACUCAUUUUGAGGAACCUGUCUCUCCUGAGCCAGAGACACCUACUGAGCAGGCUAAAGCCGUGACCGAGACCACUGGGAAAUUCAGAUCUGUCACCUCAGAUCAAGAUAGCUGUAUCUUGCAGAUAGAUGUCUGUAAGCCAGAGGGAGGGUGGCUGGGCUUUGCUCUGAUUGGAGGAUGCAAUGGGAGCGUGCUCAGAGUGAAGAAGAUCUGCGCUGGAGGCGUGGCCCACCAAGACGGGCGGCUCAGAGUGGGAGACAUACUGCUCGAGGUGAAUGGGAUAAUAAUAUCAGGUCUGAGCCACAGUAAGGUGGUGGAUAUCCUCCGUAAGGUAAAGGGAAACGUCCAGCUCAACAUCUGUAGAGACAUCAUACGACGGGCCAAUACAGCACCCUGCACUGAUGGUUUCUUCUAUAUGGCCUCUUGCCCUAGAGACAACAUGGCCGCAUGCCCUGGAUCAAAUAUGGCCCUUUGUCCUGGAUCAAAUAUUUCCCCUUGUCCUGGGUCAAAUAUGAUGACCUGCCAAGGCGUCAACAUGGGGGAUAAAGCAGAGCUUGUCUCUAAACCUGCUGCCUGCUUCUUACCUGAUGUCCAGCAGGAGGACCUUCCCCCUGAGUUGACUUCAGAUCCAGUACCUUAUGUAGAGGAGGAUGCCCCUUUCUCCCCCCACCUCUCUCCUCCCCAUCAUCCCGCACACCGCCUGCAGGCCCUGACAGAAGGCAUGGCUGGACAGGAGAGCUGUACCAGUAUUCCCUCUCAUCCGGCUUGUUGCCUGUCUAGCAAGAGUGUGGCUAACUUGCUGCAUGAAGCCUCUGACAGGAACCAAAUCUCUGUGACGACAUUGGGCGAACCCAUCACGGGCAGCAAGAACAGCCAAUCAGACGGCUGGAGCAGCGUGGAUGAGGAUGAUGGGGCAUUUGAAGCUAAUGGUCAGGAGGCGAUGUCACCUUCCUCAGGCCCCUCUAUAGUUUCAGAAGAAGAGUUGGCCAGCCUAGCCAUGAUCAGUCCAGCUAAAACCAGUCAAUACUCUGGGCCCAGAGUGAAAGCCCUGAUACAGAUACUACAACAUCAACUAGACCAGCAAGAACUGGUCCGAGAGUUCAUGGCCUUGGAGCAUCUACAGCCAUUUGAUAACUGUCUGGUGGGGAAAGCUCCUGAGAACCGGGAGAAGAACCUCUACCGGGACAUCCUGCCCUAUGAUAAGGCGCGUGUUCUAGUGGGUGAUAACCAGGACUAUAUUAACGCCAGUUAUAUCCGUAUGGAGGUUGGCAGUGAGGAGUUAUUCUAUAUCUCCUGCCAGGGUCCUCUGCCCUCCACCGUGCCUGACUUCUGGCAGAUGGUCUGGGAGAACAGGUCUGAUGUGAUAGCCAUGAUGACCCAGGAUGUGGAGAGAGGCAGGGUGAAGUGUCACCGCUACUGGCCAAAGAAGGUUAGCUGUCCCCUGGACACGGGACCCUUCCAUCUCAGCUUGGAGAACCAGCAGAUCCAGGAAUACUUCCACAUCAAGAUCAUCCGCAUGGUGGAGAAAGAGUCUGGUAAGACCCACUUUGUCCAUCACCUGAAGUUUACCCGUUGGCCUGAUCACGGUGUGCCGCAGUGUUCAGAGCAGCUGGUCAGGUUUAUCCGUUACCUCCGAGCGGUCCACCAUAAAGGACCUGUCACUGUACACUGUAGUGCUGGAAUAGGACAAACAGGAGUACUGAUCUGCACCGAUGUCAUACUGAGUCUCAUAGAAUACGAUCUCCCGAUCAAGGUCAGUAGCAUUGUUAGGGAGAUGAGACUGCAGCGAUAUGGCAUGAUUCAGACCAAGGAACAGUACCUGUUCUGCUACAAGGUAUGGUUGGAGGUUCUACAGGGCAUCCUGCAGCUGCAUGGUAACCGAUGGCAUCCUGAGAGCCCCCGCAAAUUGCAACCCGAGAGCCCCCCGCAAACUAUGGGCCCUCACAAACACAGUAGCCGAUGGCAACCCGAGAGCCCCCAUGAAGAUAACCAAUUUGUUUAACCAGUUACUUCCCACCUUCCCAAAGAAGAUACCUUAUCAAUGAAGAUGUGUAAUAUUUGAAUAGUUGACUGUGUAAGUUAUACAUUUGUUAGCAGUUUAAUUUGUUAUGAGCACUGUUAGCCAGCUACUUUAUUUGUUGUCAUGCCUAACAUGACUAUUAACAGUUGGCUAUAGCACAUAUAGAUGGAAGACCAGGCUAUGUUUCUGCAGUGUUUUGAUAUUUGGGUUAUGCAUUUAUUGAUGGAGGUAGACAUUCUUACUGUUGGUUCUUUCUGUGUUCUCAAACUGUGAUUAUAGUAUUUUAAAAAUUGUGAAAUAAGUGCAUGUUAAUCAUUUAUUAAUUCUGUCCAUGACUAAAACCAAAAGUGAAUAGAAUCAAGUGCCUUGGAAAGACUUGCAGCUUUAUGUGACACUGAUUAAUAAUCCAGGUUUCUGGGGGUGAAUCCAAACAUGCGAUCUUGGAGUGCUAAGAGACUCAUAUUUUUGUUUGUUUCACCCCCAGAAACCUGGAAACCAGGUUUGAUUGAACAGUAACCUCAGUACAAAUGCUCUGUGUGAUUCUGUAAGGAAUGUCUGUCCGAUACUGUUUUUGUUCGAAUCUUGUUGUCCCAAAACUCUGAUUCACUGUGUGUGAAUUUUGCAGCACAGUAGUGAAACUCUAUUCAUUUUGCAGUCUAAUCUCUAUGACCACUGAGCAAGUGCUUGAAGUUUGAAAUAUAAUGGGGGUCAAAUGCACAAAAUCAUUGUACAGUAACAUCACCAUUGUAGUUGCAGUUUCAGUAGCAUGAUAAUAUGCUGUAACAUUCACUACCAGUACAGUAUAGCCUCGGUCUGAUCACUGAUCCUCCUAUUACCUUGGACCGUCAAAUAAAAG